GAUUCAUUCAAUCCAAGUCGAAAAGCAUAAGCAACAUCAAAAUUCAAAAAGCAGCGUCACUACAAAUUUCACACGCAUUGCACGACAGGUGGCACUGGUUAUUCUCCCAUUUCCGCUAUUCGCAAUUUCACACAUUCUUUUUUCCCUAUAUAUUUCAAUUUCUCCCACCCAACCAAAACCAUAUUAUCAUUUCUUUUCUUCCAUUUCUUUCUUGCACGAAUUCCUACCUCUCCUCCUCCACCAUCGCCAGACGGUUAUUUUCCAUUUUUGCCCUUUCAAGCUGAGAACCAAAAAAUGGCGAACGCAGCAUCAGGCAUGGCAGUGAAUGAUGAAUGCAAAUUAAAGUUUUUGGAGCUUAAGGCGAAGAGGACCUACAGGUAUAUCAUUUAUAAGAUUGAGGAGAAGCAGAAGCAAGUUGUUGUUGACAAGCUUGGCGAGCCUGCAAAUGGCUAUGAUGAUUUCACUUCCAAUCUUCCUGCUGAUGAGUGUCGAUAUGCUGUUUAUGAUUUUGAUUUUGUUACUGAGGAGAAUUGCCAGAAAAGCAGAAUUUUUUUCAUAGCUUGGUGCCCUGACACUUCUAGAGUAAGGAGCAAGAUGAUUUAUGCAAGCUCCAAAGAAAGGUUCAAGAGGGAGCUUGAUGGGAUUCAAAUUGAGUUGCAAGCAACUGAUCCUACAGAGAUGGGUCUUGAUGUGUUUAGAAGCCGUGCCAAUUAAACUGUUGUGGUUGAAUAGGAUUUCUUAAAUGGAAUUGUCAAUUGCACCUCAAGCUGUUGGAUGGUAAACUUGGUUAAUAAUAGACUGAUUGGGCAAAAAUUUGGGACAAACUAUUGGUCGAAAUUGUUUCUCGAAGGAUGGUCUGUUUUUAUUUAUCUCUUAGAUGUUCUGGAAAUUCUAAUUUUACCCAAUCUAAUUUAUCAACACUUAUCUCUUUUUACU